AUGGCGCCCGUGGGACCAGUCAUCACCCUUAUCAGACACGCGCAGGGAUGGCACAACUAUUACAACGACUGGAGCAUCCUAGAUCCGACAUUAACAGACCUGGGAGAACGUCAAUGCCUGGCUGUCCAGAGGAACUUCCCUUACCAUAACAAGAUAACUCACAUCCUUGCCUCACCUUUGAAACGCACGAUUCAAACAGCCGUCAAUUGUUUCAAACCAGCAAUUGAUCGUGGCAUUCGGGUCCAACCCUUGCCAGAAGUCAUCGAGAUUGGACCGGAAGAAUGCAAUCAAGGGCACAACCCAGAGGAUAUCAUUGAAUGGGCUAGGUCUACGUUUGGUGGCGACUUUCUUGACGAGCACAUGUUUAGCUUGAUGCCUUCAGACUGGUCUGAUAAUUCCACAGGGCUGUAUGAAUACAGGAUGUAUGAAUACACAGAGUCAAAGCUGCGCCUGAGGGCCGAGAUCGCACGACAGAUAAUUCGGAGGACGGCGAUUCAAGCUGGCGAUCGUGCGCAUAUCGUUGUCGUCAGCCACUCGCAGUUUUUGCCAUACCUCACGCAGGAGCAAGGCCCCGACUGGGGGGUUGCGGAGUGGCGUACAUAUACCAUAGCAUCGGACAACGCGGCCACCAUGACGCGAAUCCAUCUUUAA